GAGGUCUUCCCCGACGAUUACGAUCCUUAUGAGGGAGCUCCAGCGACUCCGAUCGAGGCACAACCUCUUAUCCAUGUACAUGACACCGAGUCGCAGGGUGAGAUUCUGUCCAUAGAGGCACAACCUGCAGUGGUUAAGAGUCGGAAGAGGAAGAGAAAGCCUCCUGUAUGGUUCGGUGACUAUACGGAGAUGAAGAGGAGACAUAGGCCAUCUUCGACUUUUGAUCCCCUGGAGCCACCGGAUGAGAAAUUGUUAACCACUUUCCGAAAGUGGUGUGUUGGACUCAUUCCGAACCACCGACUUCGGGAUUUGAGAAGUGGUAAUUACGGUCCAGGAUUCUUUUGGAUAAUGCUCACACCAAAGGAAUGGCUUACAGAUGACGUAAGUAAAGUAUUUUAUAAUAUUACUUCACUUUACAACUUUAUGUGCAAUUAAUAUAUUUUUUUGUCUAACUGACAUUUCCCUUUAUAUGCAGCAUAUAGAUGCAGCAAUGCAUAUGCUGAGGAGGCGACGCACCGACUAUCCACUGACAUUUCCUCAGAAGUGUAUCAUUCUCUCCACAUUCCUGACCGCCAUGAUCAGCAGUGCAUGGACGAGCCACAAGGGUCCGAGGAAAAACUUUAAAUGGGAGGAAUAUAUCCUGGACUACUGCACAGGGGCUCAUAAGUCCCAAGUCUUUGAGAGAUGGAGGGGUAACGAGUUUAUUUACUUCGUUCUGAACCUUCCCACGGCAAGACACUGGGUCACAGUUGAAGUCGACAUAGAGCUGUGGAAAAUUAAUGUCUACGACUGUGAUUCCAGUGUCUGUCAUUGGACCGCCAUGGAACCCAUCAUGAAGGUUUGGGCAGAACUGCUGCCCUCGCUAAUCCUUGCAACCGGGGAAUUUCCACAUAACAACCAGAUCAUGGCGUUAGCUAACGGUGACAUCACGGUGCUUCCAAAAAUGCACGCGACUCGAGCCACUCACGACUUAGUUUCGAAGUCGCAAACUGAGUACAUAGCGAUAAAAAAAAAGAACGGCAAAUUCCCCAUCCUAACUCCUGAAGAGCUGAAGCAGGAGCCUGAUGUUGGCAUAGUUACUCCUGCAAUGCAGAAAGUUUUGGACGCCGCUCGAGCUUUCGAAAGAGAACGAAAUGGUAACGAGUUCAGUGGUGCGGAUAGAGUGAUCGAACAUAAUCCUGGGGUUUCAGUUGUUGCUAUUAAGAAUGUGACUAUCAAUGAUAAUUUCUUUACCCUAUGCAAAUACUAUUUUACUCAAAUAUUAAAGAUUGAGUCUCCCCAAUGA